AACCUGACGGGAUGAGACGAAGAAGAAGCGGUUACUAAGCUAGUAGCGUACAUGGUAACCGGUUUCUCCAACAGUUCACUUGAGACAGUGACUCUUUUGGAUAGCUACAUUUGCCGAUUAAAACAGUUUUCGCGUUAAUGAUCGUCGCCACGUUGAUAAUGAUGUAGGUGGAAUUGAGAAGAUACAUUGGUUUGCAGAUCUAGAGCUACCGUAUGGCAACAUAUUAGCCUCGAAGCUAAUCAUGAGCUGCAUCUCUGUUUAACAAUUUCUUGCUUUUGCGAACAUUUCUUUCGCGGAAUGUUUACGAAGACUAGUGUUGUAUAGCAUGUAUCGUUGUUGAACCUUAAAGUCAUCAUCAUGGAAAAGGAACCGCAAAAUACUGUUGUCUUCAACGCCUCCAAAAGAGAGUUGUUUACCACCAGUAGCGUGUACAAAACCAUGCAAAAGCACAUUAGGACUCAAUGGAAAAUUCAAAGUAUGAAGGAAGAGUUGUCAUCGGACAAACUGAACGGUGUCAAGUUGUGGAUAACUGCAGGCCCGAGAGAGAAGUUUACAGCAUCUGAGUUGGAAGGACUGAAACACUAUCUGGAUGAUGGAGGAAAUAUCCUGGUCAUGCUUGGAGAAGGAGGAGAGAAGAAAUUUGACACAAACAUCAACUUUCUCCUGGAAGAAUUUGGGAUUAUGGUUAACAACGAUGCCGUUUUUCGGACCAGGUACUACAAGUACUAUCAUCCUAAGGAAGCACUUGUGUCUGAUGGUGUGUUGAACAGGGAGAUCAGCCGGGCUGCUGGCAAAUCAACGGCAGGAAUAACUGAAGAUGACAACAUUGGAAAUAACACACAGGCUCUGUCAUUUGUGUACCCAUACGGUGCCACCCUGAACGUGAUCAAACCGGCUGUGGCUAUGCUUUCCACCGGCUCGAUCUGCUUCCCCCUCCACCGGCCUGUCGUGGCCUUCUAUAAAGGAAAAGAGAAAGGCAAAUUGGUCGUCGUCGGUUCCUGCCACAUGUUCAACGAUCAGUUCAUCGACAAAGAGGAGAAUAGUAAAAUUCUGGGUGUCGUGCUCCAGUGGCUCAUGACUGAUAAUAUUCAGCUGAAUCAGAUUGAUGCAGAAGACCCAGAGAUCACAGAUUACACCAUGUUGCCACACAUCGGAUGCUUGUCAGAACAACUCACGCAGUACUUCCAAGAGGGCGACGAAAACCCCCGUGACUUCACUUCUCUUCUGGAUGUUUCUUUUUUUAGUCUGUCAACGGACACUUUGCCCCAAGUCGUCAGUGUGUAUAAGCAUCUCAAUGUCAAAGAAGAGCCGCUUCAGCUAAUUGCGCCACAGUUUGAGACCCCGCUGCCACAGUUGCAACCCGCUGUCUUUCCUCCAAUCUUGAGCGAUUUGUCGCCACCGGGGCUGGACCUCUUUGACUUAGAUGAAGCUUUCUCUUCGGAGAAAGUACGCCUAGCUCAGCUCACCAAUAAAUGCACAGAUGACGACCUUGAAUUUUACAUCAGGAAAUGCGGUGAAAUUCUCGGCGUGACUCCCAAGUUGGACAAAGAGCACAGGGAUGCUAAGCACAUAUUGGAGCACAUUUUCUUCCAAGUUGCAGAGUUCAAGAAACUCAAUCAAGAGUAAGAUGUCAACUCUGAGAAUGCGGUUCACCCCUUCUGGAUCUUUUUUAAAGAAACACUCCCAUUUCUGUGCUGAUGUUGGCAUAUUUGUUGUUCACCCCAACAAGCACCAUGUUUUUUUUAAAUGAAUUCAAUGUUUUAUGGACUUUAAAGUGCAAAAUAUAUUGUAAAUAUCAAAGCAAUUAAAAUCAUUGGUGCAUUCCAUAAAUGUU